ACUUUAUCUGAUGAUUUUGAGUCUUUAUGAAGAGUCAGUUCUGGGACACGGCGACAAUGAACAAGUUUGAGGAGGCGGAGAGACUGAAACUGGACAAAAAGCUGCUGAAGCCUCAGAUUGAGCGUCGAAGACGAGAACGAAUGAACCGCAGCCUGGAGAACCUGCGGAUUUUACUCCUGCAAGGUCCUGAGCAGCAGGCUGCGUCUCGGAGGCGAGUGGAAAAAGCCGAGAUCCUGGAACAGACGGUUCUCUUCCUGCAGAACUGCAUCAUUGAGGCCAAAAAAUCCAGACCAGGAGACCAGCCCUCAUCAGAAGGUCUUCAGUUCCUGGAUGGGUUCUCGGCAUGUUUACAGAAAGCAACUCGCUUCCUGCAGGAGGAGAGUGAGGCGCGAGGCCUGCACGACUCCAUGUCCUCAUCCUUGUAUCGGUGCCUGAGCCAUCCACACCGGCCCAGGGUCAGAAGCCUGAGGCACAGUCAUGUCAUGCAAGGACUGCUGUGUUUGAGGAGACACACACUCUCACACUCACACCCGUACAGGAUCCCACUGCGAUACACACAUCAUCACACCAUCCAGCGUCACCACAACCAGAACAUGGCCAGCACGUCACGGCCCGCCAUGAGCCCACAGGCAGCUGGCAGACAGUGUGUGUGGAGGCCAUGGCCUUGAGAGACUCAAACACACACACGCGCGCGCGCGCGGACUUGGUGUACAGUUAUUGGGGUUGUGUAAU